UCGAUAGAGCUGGAUUAAGAUUGUAGGCUGCGUAUUUGCCAAGGUCAGACCCGAUGGAAAAAAAACCGUGAAGCUGAUUGGUAAUCAGUUGAGAUGACUAGACCAGCUGCAACGUGUUUCUUUUCGUAUCGUCCGUCGCACAGAAACAAGUGGAUAUUUAUUAUUUUAUUAAUAUAAAUUUUCGGUGAGUCGCUUUUCUCGAAUCUCGGCUCUGGUGGGAAAAGGGACUCAUGUAUUGCAACAUCGAAUGGUGAUCUUGACUGCUGCACCAGCCCUGUUCUCUGUGGACCGGAUAAAAGGGUACACACUUGAAAGGUAAAAGGUCGUUGUUGGUCGCUCAAAGAAACCCCCAUGAUUCCUAUAUGCCCAGUUGUUUCUUUUACGUAUGUGCCUGGCCGGCUAGGCGAAGAUGCCAAAAUGGCUACCAGUAACUACUUUGGAUUUGCCCAUGGUGGUGCUGCGCAGUACAGCCAACAGCCGGCCACUGGCAUUGCAUACUCCCAUCCAACCACAGCUGGCAGCUAUACAGUCCACCAGGCACCAGUAGCUGCUCAUGCUGUUACGGCAGCGUAUGCUCCUGCAGCGGCAGCUACGGCAGCCAGACCAAUCCCUGCUGCAGCUGCAGCCACCGCAGCCUAUGGAGGAUACCAAGCAACGCAUACCGCCGCGGACUACGGUUAUACGCAGCGGCAACAAGAAGCCCCACCGCCACCACCACCAGUCACCUCGCAGAAUUACCAGGAUACUUAUACAUAUGUGCGCUCUACAGCACCAGCAAUAGCCUAUGACAGUAAACAAUACUAUCAACAGCCUGGUGCUGCAGCACAGCCACAACCAACUGCUGCUGAAGCCUACUAUCAAGCUGCUGCCAAGGCAGGAUACAGUCAAGCUGCUACACAAUAUACACAAGCUCAACAGACUCGACAGGUGACGGCCAUCAAGCCAGCUACACCAAACCCGACUACUACCUUUACUGUUUAUCCUGUUUCGACUACUGUGCAGCCAGCAGCUGCAGCUGCUGCCACUGUGGUUCCAUCCUAUACACAGAGUGGUACAUAUAGCUCGACUGCUGUGACGUAUACGGGCGCUACAUAUGCCGGAUAUGAAGCUGCGGUAUAUUCUGCUGCAUCUUCCUAUUACCAACAGCAGCAGCAGCAGCAACAACAACAACAAAAACAAGCUGCAGCUUGGGCUGGGAGUACUUUCACUAAGAAAGUUCCUUUCCAGAAUAAGCAGAAGCCAAAGCAGCCACCCAAGCAACCUCAGAUCCAUUACUGUGAUGUUUGUAAGAUCAGUUGUGCCGGGCCACAGACUUAUAGGGAACAUUUAGAAGGACAAAAACACAAGAAAAAGGAAGCUGCUCUGAAGGCUACUAAUCAAAGCAGCAAUACUGGGACUGCUCGAAGCAUUCAAAAUCAGCUGCGGUGUGAACUCUGUGACGUCUCCUGCACUGGGGCUGAUGCAUAUGCAGCUCAUAUUCGUGGAGCAAAGCAUCAGAAGGUAGUCAAGUUGCACACCAAGCUUGGCAAGCCCAUCCCAUCAACAGAGCCCAGCAUGGGCAGCCAGACAACAACUACAACUACAGCUGGGACCUCUGUCAAGCCAGUUACUCCAAGUCCACCCGCAGGAUCCAGCAGUGGUGCGGCCACUGCAACUCCCACUGUUUCCACUGUUGUAAAGACUAAUCCAGUCGCUGCUGUAUCUGUGAAUAAUGUUGCUAAUAAGGUGCUUACUGCAAAAAAAGCACCAACUCCGAAGAUUACUUUUGUAGGUGGUAACAAGUUGCAGACUACAGGAACUAUAAUUGAAGAAGCCAAAACACCUGAAGUAAAGUUGGCAACACCACCUGUUCAAGAGACCAAAUCAGAGGCAGUGGUGGAGCCAAUAAAUGCACUUGCUGCAUUGCAGAGUGAUGUUCAGCCUGUUGGUCAUGAUUACGUGGAAGAGGUUCGAAAUGAUGAAGGAAAAGUGAUUCGCUUUCAUUGUAAGUUAUGUGAGUGUAGUUUUAAUGACCCAAAUGCAAAGGAAAUGCAUUUAAAAGGAAGAAGACACAGGCUGCAGUAUAAGAAAAAAGUAAAUCCUGAAUUGCAAGUAGAAGUAAAGCCAAGUAUUAGAGCAAGAAAAAUUCAAGAAGAAAAAAUGAGAAAACAAAUGCAGAAGGAAGAAUACUGGAGGCGGCGGGAGGAAGAAGAACGCUGGAGAAUGGAAAUGAGGCGGUAUGAGGAGGACAUUUACUGGAGGAGGAUGGAAGAAGAGCACCAUUACUGGGAUGACCGCCGCAGAAUGGCUGAUGGAUAUCCACCAGGCCUCCUUGGUGUUCGACCCGGAAUGAUGCAGCCCCAGGGGCCAGUGCCUCCUAGGCGUCCAGAUUCAUCAGAUGAUCGCUAUGUUAUGACAAAACAUGCUGCUAUCUACCCAACUGAAGAGGAGUUGCAGGCCGUUCAGAAGAUAGUUUCACAUACUGAACGUGCUCUUAAACUUGUGUCUGACUACAUAACAGAGCAAGAUAAACCAAAGAACAAAGAGGAAGAUAAGAAAGAUGUCGUCAAAGAUAGAAGAGAUGAUAACCAGAGAGCUUUGAAGGGUGUUAUGCGAGUUGGUGUACUUGCUAAAGGGUUGCUGUUACGUGGGGACAAAAAUGUGGACCUUGUGCUGCUCUGUGCUGAAAAACCGACUGGAGCACUGCUGAAUCGCAUUGCAGAUAACCUGCCAAAACAGCUUGCGGUGACCACUCCUGAGAAAUAUGAAGUGAAGUGCUCCGUUCCUGACUCGGCCAUAUUCAUUACAUCAAACAUGGAACCAAAAAUGCAAGUCACCAUCACACUUACAUCACCGGUCAUUAGAGAGGAGAACAUGGGAGUUGGAGAUGUAACCUCGGUUAUGGUGAAAGACCCACCGGACGUCUUGGACAGGCAAAAAUGCCUUGACGCUCUGGCUGCUCUCCGCCACGCUAAGUGGUUCCAGGCUAGAGCCAAUGGUUUGCAAUCCUGUGUAAUUAUUAUUCGCAUCCUACGUGACCUCUGCCAGCGGAUGCCAACAUGGGGAGUUUUGCCAAGCUGGGCCAUGGAGUUGCUGGUGGAAAAAGUGAUCAGCAGUGCCUCUGGACCACUCAGUCCUGGUGACGCCAUGAGGAGAGUUUUCGAAUGUGUUUCAUCUGGAAUACUCUUACCAGGUGGUCCUGGUCUCUAUGAUCCUUGUGAAAAGAAUCCUACCGAUACAUUGAAUUCAGUGACGGCACAGCAACGGGAAGAUAUAACAACUAGUGCACAGUUUGCUCUGAGAUUAGUAGCAUUCCGUCAGAUUCACAAAGUCUUGGGAAUGGAUCCGUUACCUCAGAUGAAUCCGCGUUUCAGUGUACGUAAUCGAAAGAGGAGGAGGGACAACAGUGAUGGCACCGAUGGAUUGGAAGCAGAGGGAAAGAAAGAUAAAAAAGAUUUUGACAGUGGAGAAUUCUAAAUCAUUUUGCAGAAUGUCCAAGGUUGUUCAUACAAAAUUGACCAUCUAUGGACUGAAAAAAUAAAGUCUGAUUUGUAAGUGUUUCGAUAUUAUUUUAAAUAUAGUUAUGUUAAAUGUAAAUAAGGUACUCACGCUUACACUCAGUGGCAUGAUGUCUAAGCAUAUUUAAACAAACCAAUUGUUAAUGGUCCCAUUUGUGACACUUAUACAGAACUACUAAAUUACAUAAUUUUUCUCUAUUGUUUAAUGACCAGUGCUAAACUUGUUUUAUAAUUUGAAGAGAUGCGUAUGUAAAAUAGUAUUGCUUCCUUAAACAUUCAUCUGUUUAGAAUGUUAAAAGCAGGGUGGAGGGUCAUGUAGAUUUCACUAAUACAAGUGAAAGUAUUUCUAAGGUUUGCAAUGUAGUACUGGAACUUGAAUUCAACUAAAUACUUGCUUAUGCAGAACCUGUGACUUGUCUGUUAAGUAUAAAGAUGAAUGUGAAUAAGGAUUUGAUUUCUUCAGUCUAUCUCAAGUUCAUAGUUGUGCAUUGAAGGAAAUAAGCAGUUCUAUAUUGAGCUUGCCAGCAGUUUUAAUACAGUGCUUUACUUUCGUUCCUAGUACGUCAGCUUGCAUGACUGAUCUAUACCCUUCGAAGUUUGUGUUGUAGAAAUGCUUUUUAUGAAGCUAACAGUUUUCAUGUUUUUUGUUUUUGUUUUCAAUGGAAAAGUUAUGUAGUUUGUUUUGUAUGGUUCAAAUAUGUAGUAAUAAGCUUGUAUGCAAUUGCCAUGUUGAACAUCUCUGUUGUAAUUGAGGUUGGAUUGUACCCCUGUGUAUACUUUGUCAAUUCUUACUCAACAAUAAAACUUAAAGCAAC